AUGUUCCGUCGUCAGGAAGGGAAACCUUCAAAAUCCGCCCGACAAUAUGGCACCGGAACAGGUUACGAUACGGAAAUGCGUUACGAUACCACAACGAUACCAGAGUUUGAUAAAAGACCAGCCCUGAUUCACAUUCUAUUGCUCAACAAAACCAUACGCUUGUUUGUGGUCCUUGGACUUGCUGGUGUCGUGAUCCCAGCUUUUGCGUAUCUGUUUUUCUUUUCGCGGGAAAUUGGUCACGGCAACAAACGCGAUAUUAUCGGCACGUGUGGUCACCCAACCCUCUAUCGGAUUCCAUGUGGCUAUCCAAGUAAUCUUUCCUUGACUGAAUGCCAUCUGUUGGGAUGUUGCUACACUAGUCAGGCCGCAUGCUACCACUCGCUGCCAUCUGAACAUCAGUACAUAAUUGGCAGUGAAUGGACUAGUGGCGUACCGGCCAUUCUAACCCCAUAUCGCUCAAAUACUCCCUAUGGCAUACCGUCUCUUCAGGAGGUGCGAUUCGAUGUUACCGUAUCAGAGGCAGCAGGAGGACGCUUUACUUUUUUGCUAUCAAACAUGAACGCUACUAAAGUACAGACGUCUUACACCGGUACACCUGCGAGAUUAGAAACGGCGGAUCUCCAGGUGCAGGUUUUUAGUCCUACUUUCUUUAUCGAGGUGCAGCGAAAGACCGAUCAAGAGGUGAUCUUCUCUACUGCUCGAGGUCCACUCGUUCUGACGGAGAAUUUCAUAGAGUGGACGUUGCAUCUCGCCGCCGAUACUCUGUUUGGGCUUGGACGUGCUUACCUCGAGCCGGGUACUAAGUAUCUGCUACUUAACAGCCAGAACAUAUCUGCGAUACCGAUUAUCAUGGGUUACAACUCUAAACUUAAGCAAUUCAAUGGGUUGGUGUUUAACGCGCCUGGCCUCACCGAGGUGGAAAUCGUCAGAUCGCGUUUGAUCAUAGUACGAGCACAGCUGGGGGCGAGAUUUGAGCUUCAAUUUUUGGCCGGCCCUACCAUGGCUGCUCUAUAUCGUCAGUCUAAAGCUAUACUGCAAAAUCACUACACUCCCCCCUACUGGACAUAUGGCGUGCAUGUUUGCGAUCAAUCCGAGAAGCGUAACCUCACGAUCGUGCGGCGUGAUCUGGAGCGCUUACUUAACGACACAGUGAUGUUCGAUUCACACUGCCUGCACAACGAUUUGUUCUGGAUAUCUGACCCGAUGACCAUCAAUACUGAGAUUGAAUCUCUUCGAGAGUUGCUGCAGAACGCUAGCAAAAAGUUUGUCCCUUCGAUAGUGCUCACAGUGGUUUAUGGAGGAAACCCUUCCUUCAUAGACGCUAGAGAAAAGGGCAUCUUGUUACGUCACUCAGGAAACCUGCUAGCCUACCAAGGACGAGUGAGGAACCGUACCGCUGUGUAUGUCGACUGGCGCACGACUAGGUCGGCCAAUCUCACCGAGUGGUUAGAAUCGCAGUGGCUGAAGGUUAUCAAUCUGGGUGCGGAUGGAUAUACAUUGGAAGAAGUGAGCCCUCGUGAUGAACGAAACAACUCGCUGCCUUUGCCCAAACAGCUCAUCUAUCAGCCAGACCAACUGAACCAGACUCUGUUGGAUCUACUGCCUUGGAACACGUUGCUGUCGGAUAGUCCGCAUCUGGUCCUCUCGCGUCAUAAUGAACUUGGAGUCAGCGCCCUGGAAUCCGUCCGGAAAAUGCUCGAUCCAAACGCACUGGUUAUUACCAGCACUCACAACAUACACAGUCGUGCAGCGAUACUUCCAGCAAACAUUUCAUCGAGCUGGAUUUCCCUACGUCGCGAAGUAGGUCGUACCAUUGGCCUAUCGGUGCUGGGUAUCAGCUUUACCGGAACACCCGCCUGCGGAAAUGCACCUCUCGGAAAUGGCACCGUGUCAGAGGAGCUUUGCAUCCGGUGGUAUCAGUUCGCCUCAUUACUGCCACUCUUUCGAGUUACAGCCGAUCGUACGCCCAACCGUUUCAGUGGUUUUGGACAACGCGUGAUGCUAACGGCUCUAAGAAGGCGUGCUUCGUUGCUCGAGUACCUAAAUACACUGAUCCUCGAGGAUAUCCCAUAUCUGCGACCGAUGUUUUACCACUACGAAGAAGCCGCAAACUACACCACGGAACUGUGGGAGCAGUUCAUGAUCGGUGAGGCACUGCUGGCGGCUCCCGUGCUGCUGCCCCAGAUGACCCAGAUCGCCAUCUAUUUCCCGGAGACGUUCUACGAGCUCUGGGGUGGUCAACAGAUGAUGGGAAAAGACGUUCUGCAGUACGCGGUAGUGGAGUCCGAUUUGCCGAUUUUCCUACGACCCGGAUUCAUCGUCCCGCUGCGGGAUAUUGACGAGGAACCGUCCGAAGGCACGUUCGCGUCAAUGACGGUGGAACAGUCUCGCCUCAAGCCGCUUCAUCUGGUGGGAGCGUUCGACUGCAACAUUCGACGGUGGAAAUGCUCGACUACUGGACGAGUGCUGUUCCACUCCGGUUUCCGGCUGGACUUCGGCGUGGACCUUGACGAGCGAGUCGUUAUAACUGUGAUAGCCAAUGUAAGCUCUCCUGACGUAGCGCAUCAGUUAGCUUGCUCUGAAGGUGCCACACUGAACGCCACCAUUGCCAGCAUCCAGUUGUAUGGGCAUCCUAAUACUAGUCAAACACUUGUAUAUGAUGUUAGUUAUGACUUCUGCAAGCAAGACACUACACGAAUGGAACAAGUCAACCUACACCGCAAAGGACCGGAGGACACCUUUGGGUCGAAUUCGUGA